CACGGUACAGCGUAUGGUAACGAGUUACAGUGACGCCGCAAAGGAUGGAGAUGGUUUUGGUAUUCUAGGCGAUUUCACAGGUCCUUAUCUAUAUGUAAAUUUUCCGCCUCUGCUUUAUCGGUUCUGCCGCGCCCGCAACUUCCACCCCCGAACUUGCUCGCCCGUUUGGCCAAGCUUUCUAGCUGCUUUAUCAACCCAGCAUUUUUCAUUUUGGUCGCUCUGCCUAAAUUUGAGAAGCAUAGCUUCCCCACAAGCAAGAUGAUGCACCCUGCGCGACAAGCCUAUGUCGAAGAGGCGGCCGAGGAGAUGGACACGGGCAUUGAUUUCGCCAACCUCCCCGUCGACACAGACUAUGAGAUCCCCGCAUCAGCAGCGGGCAUCCCGUCCGAACGGGCAUCCGCCAUCACAGCCCAAUUCGAGCGCAAACGGCGCGCCGCCGCUAUGGUGGUGCCCACGGACGAUACCCGCGUGCGCCUACGACUACGAGAGCUCGGUGAACCCAUUACUCUCUUCGGCGAGGGUGUCGUCGAUCGACGAGACCGUCUGCGCGAGCUUUUGACCGAUCUAGCGGACCGACGGGGCGAGGGCGACAUCGAGAUGGAGGAGGCGGAGGAAGAGGAGGUCGAACAACAGGAGGAAUUCUAUACAGAGGGCUCGGAGGCGCUUCUAGAGGCCCGGAAAGCGAUCGCCCGCUUUUCACUACCACGAGCGAAGGCGCGAGUAGCACGGCUCAAGGAGGAAUCGACGAUUCCGCUGAGGACACACGUUAAGCACCGGAAAGCGGUCAAAGAGAAGCUCGGGGGCUUUGAUCUGUACGGAUCACAGAUUGCCGGUGACCGACCAGUCAGCAUUUGCCGAUUUGCACCAGAUGGACAGACCAUCGCAGCUGGAAAUUGGGCCGGCAGUAUCAAGUUGCUGACUGUGCCGAACUUGGAGGAAAAGGCAAACUUGAAGGGACAUAAUGACCGUGUCGGUGGUUUGGCGUGGUUCCCGGGAGCUACAUUACCGGAGUCUAAUGUUUCACCAUCAAGUGUUAACCUCAUCUCUGGAGGCGGCGAAGGAAACAUCAACCUCUGGGCUCUUGAUUCGGACAAACCACUAGCCACACUGACGGGACAUUCAGGGCGAGUGUGUCGCACUGAGUUCCACCCCUCAGGACGGUAUGCAGCGUCCGCUUCUUAUGACACAACGUGGCGUCUGUGGGACGUCGAGACCACCACGGAACUGCUCUUACAAGAAGGCCAUUCACGAGAAGUCUACACCGUAUCCUUUAACAACGACGGGUCUCUCCUCGCCAGUGGAGGUCUCGACAGCAUCGGACGAAUUUGGGAUCUACGGACAGGCCGCACAGUCAUGAUUCUGGAGGGCCACGUCCGCGAAAUUUUCGGCAUGGACUGGGGCGUGGACGGAUACCGUGUUCUGACCGGGUCUGGAGAUGGAUGGGUCAAGUGCUGGGAUCUGCGACAAGUACGAAAUAUCGGCGGCAUUGGCGCGCACAAGAGUGUGGUGUCGGAUCUUCGCUGGUACAAGGGUGCCGAAUCAGCAUCAUUCUUGCCCUCCACCGAUGCCUCAAAUGGCCAGAUGGAGGUUGAUGGUGCUACAGCGCCGACGAGCGAUGCGGGCGUUCAGCCUAAGAAGUCUGGUACUUUCUUUGUGUCGAGUGGAUUUGACAAGAAUGUCAACAUCUUCAGUGCCGAUGACUGGUCGUUGGUGAAGACGUUGAGUGGGCACUCGGGUAAUGUCCUCAGUACGGAUGUGAGUGGUGAUGCGCAGUGGAUUGCCAGUUGUGGUCAUGAUCGUACAGUGAAGCUCUGGGGUAUCGAGGGGUAGAUUUGAAUUACUGUUAUACUGACCUGCCCAUGCUCGAGCUGGUACUGUGAUGUGUCCACUUUGAAUGAAGUGUGCUUUUAGAAUUUCCACCAAGAAUCCAAUUCACUUCAUACCACGGUCUCUUGGAAGCUAUCUAUUCCGCAAUGAUUAUAAAGCAUAGC